AUAGACAGGCAGCGGCGAACCGCAAGGCGCAGCGGGGCCCAAGGGGCCCUUUUCCCUCCCGCCACACACACACACACACACAGACGAAGUGGGCGUGCCGGCGGCCACCACCCCGCCCCUCCGCGCCCCCUUCGCAGCGCCCACGCUGUUUGCUCCCCGACCCCGCGAAGUCCCUCCCACGGCAGGAGUGUCGCCCAGCGGCCACGCGGCAUUCACCUGCGACAAGUCUUGCCGCUCAGUGCGGGCACUAGCCAAACUUUCUACGUGUUCCCCCUUCCAGAAAAUAACAAUUUCUAUCGUCUGCUGCUGUGCCUCCCUCUCACUGAGCCGGCCCCUCAGUUGGUGGUUUUCGACCGCCCGUUGGUUGCGAACAUGCUGCUUCUGCAAACGUCUACCCCCGGAGCCCCCGGGGCUCUCCGCGGGGAGUAUACUGUGCCCGCGGCUCCCCGUCAUUCCACGGUGGGCCCUGGCGCACUUGUGCCGGCAGCUGCCGUCGCCGACGCACAGUCUGCCAGUGCCGCCCAUCCCGUGUGUGGGGCGGCCCUGGCCCCUUCAAAGGCCCUGAGGGACUCCGGGUGUGUGCGCCGCGACGCCGUGAAUGAAAUUAUUGCAUUUCCACAACGCGACCAAACCCGCCUGGUGACCUCAUGCCGAAGCCAAAGAAGAAUUUCCCCGACCAAAUCGGGGGCCGCCAUCCACGCGACAGAUCAAACGGGAGGCAGCGAUGCCGCAAGGAACUCGAGUGAAAAGCGCCGCUGGGCCGUUGCGCUGCGCCCCAAGACGCCAGUGCCAUAUAAUGCGGCUCAUCUACUGACUGUGAUGGGCGUGUGCUGUGGGAGGCAUCUCUGCAGGACUUGA